CGGUGGUAGCGGCACGGCGGAAGGGGCGCGGCGCGGGCGCCAUGGCGGCGGCGGCGCGGCCGCUGGCGCUGCUCACCAGCUGUGCCGCGGGCUUCGCGCCCGAGGAGCUCGUCAAACGUAUCACAGGAAAAGAUGACCUUACCAUGGAUGCAAUAACGAGUGGAAGAGUGAAUUUCUACCCCUGGACGAUAGAUAACAAAUAUUACUCUGCAGACAUCCACCUCUGUGUGGUCCCAAACACAUUCCACGUGACUGGAGAGAUCGCCGAGGCUGUGCAGGCGUUUGUUGUGUACUUUGACAGCACAACAAAAACUGGACUGGAGGGUGUCUCUGAAUGGCUGCCCCUGACAGAAGAGUGGCUGCCAGAAGUGAUGAUCCUGGUUUGUGACAGAGUGUCUGAGAAUGGUGUAAGCAGACAGAAAGCUCAAGAAUGGUGCAUCAAGCAUGGCUUUGAGCUGGUAGAGCUCAGCCCUGAGGAGCUGCCUGAUGAAGAUGACGAUUUCCCCGAAUCCACCGGAGUGAAGCGCAUCGUGCAGGCCCUCAACGCCAACGUCUGGUCCAACGUGCUCAUCAAGGGAGACAGGACCCAGGGCUUUGGUCUGCUCAGCACCUUGGCAGGAGCAAACAGGAGCCGUGGCUGUGAAGAGACCCCGGAGACAGAAUCCAGCCCAUCUCCAGGAGACAGGGAAGAAUCCCAGUCAGAUGGUGGAGAGGAUGGAGCUGGCACACACAGCCUGGAGCCUGACAGUGCUGCAGAUCCCGUGCUGGAUAUGGACAUCCAGGAGCUGGCCAGCCUGACCACGAGGGAUGGGGACCUGGGGAACUUCGAAAGGCUCUUCUCAAAGCUGAAAGAAAUGAAAGACAAAGCUGCCACGCUGCCUCACGAGCAGAGGAAGCUGCACGCAGAGAAGGUGGCCAAAGCCUUCUGGAUGGCGAUUGGAGGAGACAGGGAUGAGAUUGAAGGUCUCUCCUCGGAUGAAGAAAACUGAAUUCCUCUGCAGCUGGAGGUGCCAGAGCAAUCCUGAGGGAAUGAUCCUUCCCUGAAUUAGUGUUCAUUGCCAAAAACCCCUUUUAGCUGUAGCUGCUUCCCUUGGUGACAGCAUUCCCCAUGUUCCACAUUCCACAUCUCCUGGCUCCAGAGUCUGUGUCUGACUGUCCUGCCUCCUCUCCCAGAGGACGCUGGAGGGUGACACGUGUGUGGUUCAAGGAAACAGGGAUGAGUUUACAUUUUUCAAAUGAACAUUUUUAUGAUUUCCUCUCUGGGGCUUAAAUAAACAAAUGUACUCCCAGUUAUCUCUGCACACAGGGCUGGGGCUUGGGAAGUGACUCCUGAAUUCCAAGCUCCAUUUUUCAGCUCUGGGGCUCUUUGAUGGUUUCAUGGAGCUUUUCCCAGUUCAGACUGGUCAGAUUUGGAUGUGCCAUGAGGAGGAGGUUGCUGGGCUGUGCCAGGGCUGGGGGCUCCCUGCUGCCAAGUGCCAAAGCCAUUACACGUGGCCCCGGCCUGGAUUCUGUUUGGAUUUUGCCUGUAGGGAUGGGGCUUCUCUGGAGUGCCAGGUGUUGUCCACACUCCCUGGAUUCCCAGUGAAAUGCCAGAUUGCUGCUGCUGCUCCAGGGUGGAAUUCCCUGCCCAGACCUUGUGCAAGGCCUGGCAGAAUGCAGGGAGCUGUUCUGGGCAGCUCUGUCCUCAGUUCUGCCCUCAGUUCCCCGGCCGUGCUCGGAGCCCAAACUCCUGUGUGUGCCUCGGGCACAGGGCUCAGAAGGAAUUCCUGGUCCCAGAAGGAAUUCCUGGUCCCAGAAGGAAUUCCUGGUCCUGGCUCGGGGCAGAGCCUCUGCAGUGAGGGACAGGGAAGGAAGGUGGAGCCUGGUGAUGCCGCCCUGGCUUCUCUGCCGCAGGCACAGGCAGUGGAUCCGUGGGAAGAGAUCCAACAGAUUCCCACGUGGAAGAAUCUGGCCCCAGGAACUUUUCCUUUUAUCUGAAAAUCCACCCUGUUAAGCACCCUCAGUUAGGAAUUCCAAAAUUAACUUUUCCAAUGUCCCCUAAAUUGCCGAGUCCCAGGGCACGGGUUUGCCAUCGAUUAUUGGAUGGCUUUAAGUUCUGCAGGCACUUUCACAGUGCUCCCUUUUUAAUGAUGAAGCAAAGGUGAAUGUAAAUCAUCCGUUUCUUGGAAUGCUGGGAGUCAUUUCCUCGGUCAAAACUGCAGUGUUUGAGGACAAGAACUGCAGCCUCAUGAGCAGUGUGGGAAGUGUUUCUCAGCUGGAGCCUGAGCAGGAGCUCCCAUGGUGAAACACCUGGUUUGGGAAGAAUUCUGGAAUGCAGAGACACCCAAGGGAGCACCUGCCAGGGACACCUUCCCAAGCAGCUGCUGGGCCUUGCUGGGACUGCACUUCUCCCGUUCUCUACCUCUUUUUCCCAGCACAGAGAGUGCCUCAGACCUGGAGGUGGCUCGUUCCAAGCAGGGAAUGGUUUCCAUGUUGGCUUCUCGGUAGCUGAAGAUUCUUUCUGCCCUUUCCAAAUCUUGGUUGUGCAAUGGUGAUAAAUGGCCAAAGUGCCAAGGGAAUAGAAUGGAGGCAGUGAAGGAAAAAUCGACUUGGGCACUUUAUAAACCCGUUCUUUAGACUUGUGAUAGAGAUGUGACUUUUUAAAUUUAAUGAGAUCUUAUCAGUUAAAACCCGGCACUUUGCUGCCUUUUUAUGAGGUAGCAGCAGCUCAUUCCCAUGCUCAAAACUCUUUUAAACAUGAUUUAUUGUAAAUAUGGGUCUUCUCUGUAGGGGCACAAAUCAUGGAAGCAGGAAGUGUGGCUGGAGACACUGGGAAAUAAUUUAAUGAUCCUUGGAGGUCGUUGUGUUGUGGUUUAAAAUCAAGGUUUAUUUUGUUGGUGGUUAGGUUUUUUGUGGAUUGUUUGGGGUUUUUCUGAAGAGACCCUUUGGUUUUGGCUACAGGAUUUCUUUACAAAAUAAGAAGUGACAGAAUGAAUAAAAGGGGCAUUAGCGGAAAAGCAAA